AUGAACCGCGUAUCGUCGACUACGGCGGCUGUCACGGGCAAGCACGUCUACUUUGGCUACGACGUCGAGGGGCGACCGGCGUUCUACGCGUUCCCUAGCAGGCAGAACACGGAUAGCAUAGACGGGCACCUCAAAUUCGCGUUUUGGAUGGUUGAGAGGGGGAUAGAGCUGAUGGGGCCUGGAGUCGAGACACUAACCCACCGCAUCCCGCACCACCAAAAAAAAAGAACCCUCCACAUCCUCCUCAACUUUGCCGAACGCGCCUCCAAACCGAGCAUCAGCGAAGCCACCUCCCUAAUCCACAUAAUGCAAGAACACUACCCCGAACGACUCGGCUUAUGCUCCAUCAUCAACAUCCCCUUUUUUAUCAACGCUUUUCUGAAGUUGGUGUUACCCUUUUUGGAUCCGAGGACGAGAGGGAAGUUGAGGUUUAAUCAGAGGGUGGUUGGGGAGGAGGAGCAAGAGGAGGGAGUGGGGAAGGAGAAGAAGGGGAAGGAUAAAGACAAGGUCAGCGAGAAAGAUAAGACGAAGGAAGGGUCGGGAGGAGGAGGUCUGUUCAAACGAGAUAUGUUGAUGAAAGAGUGGGAGGGUGACCGGGUGUUCGAGUACGUCCACGAGAAGUACUGGCCGGCUCUACUAGAGAUGUGCGAGAAGAACGUUCAGAAGUGGAUGAGGAGGUGGAGAGAACUCGGUGGGACGGUUGGGAUAAGCGAAUGGGAUUACAAGCACGAAGCUGGGGAGCUCGGUGCUGGUGCAAGUACUACGGCCUCUGGGAAGGUAUCGGAGAAUGGCGCUGCGAAUCAAAUAUCGGGGAAUGGCUCUGCGAAUCAGGAAUCGGCGAACGGCAGCGUAAAUCAACAGCCCUCGACAAACGGGCAUCCAAUCGCGAACGGGAAUCAUGGUGAUGCUGCAACAUCGGAUCCGCCGCCAAAAGAGGCGAAACCUUCAGCUUCGUCGCCUGAAUCCAAGAUGACAAGUGAUUCGCUGUCGAGCAGCACCACCCUUCCGACAGCCUGCCCAGUUGUUGAAGCUCCAAAGUCGAAUUAG